AUGAUCCCCUCCGACGUGGCCGAUGCUGCGGGUGUGAUCCUGGUGCGACCGGCGCUUGGAGGCCUGCAGGGACACCACCAGCUGAUUUGCUGUCGCUGGUCACUGGCAAUUUGGCUCGACUUCCUCAGCCUGUCAGGCCUCGUCGCUCAUGGGCUUGGUCCCAUCUUGGUUGUAUCGGAGUGGGCCAUGCUUCACAAUCUUAAUGGGUUGUGGGAGGGGCAGCCUCCACCGAUAACACGAGGAUAG